ACCGAAUCGGAGAGACAACCCUAUCGAAUUUGGAUCCAAGGGUUUCCGUGGACCUUGGCGCAAACGAAGGCAUCACGUUGACACUUUGGUUGACGGUCCGUCCUUUUUCCUUUUGGGUUCUGAGGGUGUCUUUCCACAGCUGCCAAUCAAAAAUUUAAAAUUACGUUCUUUGAUUGGUGGAUCUUCGGGCGUCGAGGUUUCUUCGCCUUUUUCGCCAUCUGAUGGGCCCAAACGGUACCGAAUCGUGUGCCUGCGAAUCGAGUGGAAGAUUGAUGUGACAGGCACUGUGCGUGGGAAUCAAGAGUAACAUCAACCUUUGUUGUCGCGAGUUCGUAGCGACCGCACGGGUACGAGUACCAACCCUACAUACAGAAGUACCGAAGGACCCACACCCUCUCAAAACACCUCGAAACCUUCCACUCGUCCAAAUUCCACCACAAUUUCAACGAACCUCGUCGUCAGCUGGAUCCAAUCCGAUCCGAUCCGAUCCGAUCUUCUUCACAAUCCACCGCCGCUUUUGUGUGCGUGCGUGUCAACCUCCUGUUCCAUUCCCUCAUCCAUUGUUCCGUGUACCGUCAAGAUGAUACCGACGACUAGCGUUGCUUCUCACCGCAGUGUGGUCCUAGUUGGGCUAGCAUGCACGACACUCCUAUUGGCGGUUCUAUCGCCCUCGUCGACCGAAGCCUUUGCGCCAUCUGCGCAUCGGUAUAGUCCCAAUCAAGCUGUUCCCUAUUCGGGUUCCCUUGUUCUUCCUCGUGCACGUGGACUAGCGAUGGGAAAUCCUCAGAAUAGUGCCUUGCACAUGCAGACGCCUUGGUCGAAGGCUGGCGCUAACAAACGAAAGCCCCGACCGACAAUGGUUUCUCCGAUUCAAAUGUCGGACGCCGCUAUUGAGAGCAACGACGACGAAAGCGACUCCAAGAAGAAAGGAUUCUUACAGAAGAUCAAGUCUAUCGUUCCGCCUCAGGAAGAACGACAAAAACUGGUUCCCUUGGCACUCAUGUUCUUUUGCAUCCUCUUCAACUAUACUAUUCUUCGUGACACAAAAGAUGUACUCAUGGUUACGGCCCCAAAAUCCGGAGCUGAAGUCAUACCCUUCAUCAAGACUUACUGUAAUCUACCCGUGGCAAUCGGAUUUACGGGCGUCUAUGCCAAAAUGACUGAUUCGAUGGAACUCAAAAACGUGUUCUACGCGUGUGUGAUUCCCUUUCUCAUCUUUUUCGCAUCCUUUGCCUUUUUCAUCUACCCGAAUCGGGCCAUCCUGCACCCACACGCCUUGGUGGACGUUCUCGCGGCCAGGUUGCCGGCCAACUUUGCCGCACCGCUCGCUAUUGUUCGCAACUGGAGUUUCGCUGUCUUUUACGUCAUGGCUGAAAUGUGGGGAAGUGUCGUUGCGAGUCUCCUCUUUUGGAGCUUGGCCAAUCAGAUCACGACCGUCGAAGAAGCCAAAAAGUAUUACCCGUUGUUUGGACUCGGUGCCAACGUGGCCCUCAUAUUUUCGGGACAAUACGUCAAAUUCGUCUCGAAUAUGCGCGCCAGCUUGGCCCCUGGAGUAGAUGCGUGGGCUGUAUCGCUCAAUUACCUUAUGGGUGCCGUUGUCGCCUCAGGUGGAGUUUUGCUUGCCACCUACAAGUAUAUUCAGGAUAACGUUGUUGCCAAAAGUGAAGCCAUGAAAGCCCUAAAGAAGUAUCCUAGCAAAAAGAAGCCCAAGAUGACUCUAAAAGAAUCGGCCAAGUUUCUUUUCAGCAGCCCUUACAUUCGCGAUCUAGCUUUGUUGGUAAUUUCGUACGGCAUGUGCAUCAACAUUGUCGAAGUCAGCUGGAAAGCCAAGCUCAAGCAGGCCUUUCCCGAUCCGAACUCGUACUCCGCCUUUAUGGGUAACUUCUCGUCAGCUACCGGGGCGGCCACUCUGAUUAUGAUGUUGCUCGGCCGAUCCAUCUUUCAGAAGUUUGGUUGGAGAACAGCUGCGCUGGUCACUCCAACGAUGAUCGGUGUGACGGGCUUGGGUUUCUUCGCCACCAACGUGUUUUCGGGCGCCAUGUCUCCGGUUGCCGCUCUUUUGGGCACAACCCCGCUUAUGUUGGCGGUCUUGCUCGGAGCGGCGCAGAAUAUUCUGAGCAAGAGCUCCAAAUACUCUUUGUUUGAUCCGUGUAAAGAAAUGGCCUACAUCCCUUUGGAUCAGGAAUCCAAAACCAAAGGCAAGGCGGCCAUUGAUGUUGUCGGCAAUCCCUUGGGAAAGAGUGGUGGGGCGUUGAUUCAACAGGUUCUUAUCUUUGGAGUCGGUAGUUUAGCCGCCGCUACGCCGUAUUUAGCCGUGAUCUUGGCUGGUCUGGUAUUCAUGUGGGUCCGAGCCGCGAAUUCGUUGGCCGGACAGUUCAACACCGCCAUGUCGGCCGACGGCGUGAGCGAGUAAGCAGUACCAUGUAUCUAUGUGUAGGGGCAGAUGAAAUCGGCGCUGGGUAUACGUGUGAAAGCGCUGUCAUAAAAGCAAUUAGACGUUUGCAUAAAGCCAUCAGACUCCUACUCAUUUGGCGGCCCCAGACCGGCAUCCGUGACCGGUAAAUAACAGUAAACUCAUUGAAAGUGCAAC